GCUCCAGUGCUCCCAUGCAGGUCUGUUCCAGUGCAGUUUGACAGGGCUGGUGUUUCUGAUGGAGGGGGAGGGGGAGGUGCUGUACAGAACUGUCCAAUGGGACGAGAGUCUCCUGCACUCCACAGGCCAGACUCCUGCAGGACCCCUGUUCAGUAUUGAGUGUCCUCAGGGGUCUGUCUGUCAGCUACACCUCCCACACUGUGAGAUUCUCUCUGGUGAGUUACACACCACUCACAACUAUCAUCAAGAUGAUCAUUACAACAGCCAAAUGACACAGUGGAUGAGUAAGAUAUAUCUGUUUUGCAGGAGAGGGUCUUGAUUCCCUGUCUGUGGCCCAUGUUACUGGUGACAGUGUGGAGGUUUUACCACCACUGAGGGUGACUGACACGCACGUAGUGGUGAACAUCACAGACCUCUCCUUAUGGGGCCUCGUCAGAAUGUUUCUACCCUUCCUCUCGAUCAAGGGACAGGUGUUGCCUUUCCUCCAAUCAUUCGGUCAUCCUCAGUCAGUUCUGAAUGUGAUCGUCCUGCCAUCGAAUGUGCCCCUCAAUGAGGUACAGACCAAAUCCAUGCACUAACCUAAACAUGUCUUGUCAUGUAUUUUAGAACUGUGAUGCUUACCUAAAAAAGUCUGCAAAAAAAUUAUGAAAUCAUGAAAAAAUAAAAUUGGGGGGAUUCUUUUAUACGUGGCAGGAAAUGGUUUAGCAUGUUCUUGCGUUCACCUUGUGUAACUUUGUUCAACUUCAAAUUCUAAAAAGCUUAGAUAUUUGUUUUUUAUUCUCAAAACAUGGAACAAGACAAAACAUUUAGGUAGUGUUCAUUUUCCCUCCUUUAGGUCUUUGUGUCCUCAUUGAUAAUCAUCUGUUAUUCUUUGGCAGGUGAAGCAGCAACAGACAGGGAACACUUACAUACCGGUCUGUUCGGACUGCACUCUAAGUCGAGGGGAAAACUACAGUCUCUCCUGUGAUCUGAAGAAGAUACAGGACAUCUACCCUAAAGCUAAGGUAGACUCUGACUGAUGUUGUUUACUGAUGAUGUCACAUACUGAUGAUCACGUCACAUAGUGAUGAUGACGUCACAUAGUGCCAGAUGUACACUCAGGGCCGGCUCCCCGCCCCACCUAGUGGGCAAAACAUUUUAGUGUCCCUCCUCGUGACAGCGGAGAGAAAUUUACGUUUUAAAAUUAAUUCCCUGUAAUUUCACACAUUUUGCAAUGGUGCGGAGAUACAUUUUAUUUCAUGCAAUUCUACUAAUUUUCCCAUGGGGCAGAGAGAAUAAUGUUUUAGUUUUACAGCUAAUUUCCUGCAAUUUUACACAUUUUGCCAUGACUAAUGCCAUGUUAAUGAUAUCUGAGUGAGAGUGACUAACAAAAUCAAUGGGGGCCUCCUAGAGGUCAGGGCCCCUGGGCAUGUGCCCCGGUCGGUAUUCGGCCAUGAUUACUACAAGUUUCGAUAGCUGGAUAGACUAAUUUACCAAUCAAAAAAUUGUACAUUCCAUGAUAAUAAUUACCUCACUUUGCUGAGGUGUCACUGAUCCUGUAAGUUGUAUAGACGGCUUGUUCUAAACAACUCUGUAAGUGGUAAGUGCUCCACUCCUAAGAUCGGAAACACACCAGAGCAACGGAUGGCCGAGUGCCUUUGAUUAGAAAAUCAGAUGCCAUUUUCAGUUUAUUUCCAGAAGAUUCUACAUGUUGAAUCGACGCAAACAGCCACCAUUCAUCGACACCCAGCAGGUGGUUGUUUUAACACAGCAGUGACACCAAGCGAUAGGACAGCCACACACUGCUUUUAGCUGUUCAUCGUUGUGGUGUGUCUGAGUUACAAGGAAAAGGUUUGAUAACAGCACAAGUACAAAUUGCAAUCUAAUUUAAUUUAACUACUGUCACUUUGUGUUUCAGCGUGUUCAGAUUUACUGGGGCUAUGGUCCAAACUACCACCCCACCUUUCAGGUGUUCCUGAACCCAGACACGGAACAUGUAGAGCUGAGGCUUCUAGAGAGAGGGGUUGAUGGAGAUGAGGUGUGGGCAGGACGUGUCCUUCUGCCAGGUAAAACUAUACAAUGAUUCUGUAAAUUAAAACAUUAAAAUACCUGAGCCACAAUGUCCACAGUACUGCUGGUUUGUCUUUUCUCACUGGUUGUCUACAAUUGAGAUUUCUCUAACAUCAUGUUCAGUAGGCACAACAGGACAAAACAUAUUUGGAAACUUGAACUUGUCCAAUAAGGAACACUCAUUUUUUGUUUUCCGUUAAAAAAACAUAUUUUGCAAACAUAUACUCAACUGAACAUGGUCAAGGUGUCCAAUAUCUAAAUUAGUUCUAAGAUGAAAGAUGAAAUCCAGCUGUGUUUCGGACCUCAAGGCCUGUAUAUGAGAAGGUUUUCUUUAAACCCAUCCAACCACCAUUCCCACCUUACUGUGGACUCAUCUGUAAUGUGGAUGGAUUAGUGAUGUUAGAAGGGACACAGACGGGAUCAGCUCCUGCUGCACCGUUCUCGUAAACACUGGUGUUGCACAGCAUACAUAACUGUAUACACAAGUGAAUGUCUUUGUUUUCCCGACUCCCAGGUGCUGUGUUAGUGGGAGGGGAUCAGGCUGAGAACAGUCAGAGUGAUUCGGCAGAGAAGCAACUGCAUUCUGUACGAAAGGACUUUGUGGAUCGUGUGUCAAAGUCAGUUGUUGACGAUCUGCUGGAUGGACUUCUGCAACAAAAAGUUAUUAAUAAGCAUGAAAUGGAGACAGUAAAGGUGAUUCCUGAGAGGGCAGAGAAGGCCCGGGAAGUCAUUGACAUGGUGCUGAGGAAAGGAGCCGUUUCAUGUUUAAUAAUGAAAACCCUUCUGGUUGAACUGGACCCCUUCUUAUGCACAACGCUAGGCUUCAGCUAACACAUUGUUAGAGUAUGAUGCAUUGAUGAGCAUGUCCAUUGACGUCUACAUUCAAUAAUACAAUUGGUAUGUUGUUUGCAUAUUGAGCUUAAUCUAUAUUGCUUAUUUUGGAAUUAGCGUGUUAGGCUGAUCACUUCUAUCAUUCAACAUAACCUCAAUAAUGAUGUAUUGAGCACUCUUCAAUAAGCCUGACAUGUUUGAUUUCAGGUUAGAGUUUGAAAAGUGUAUAUAGUGUCAAGUUGAAUCAUUAUAAAACCACCCAUGAUUUGCACUUUUCUAUUCUUGUAUUGUCUAUAUUUGUUUUUGUCUUUUCUGUGCUUGAUGACAUAUUUUAAUAUACAGUCGUGGUCAAAAGUUUUGAGAAUGACACA